AUGGUGGUUCAGGAUUUGGUAAAACAGUAUGGUAGGAAGAGUGCUAAACCAAGUUGUAUGAUGAAGAUUGAUCUUCAAAAAGCAUAUGACACAGUUGAUUGGGAUUUCCUGCAAGAAAUGUUGGUACAGCUGUGUUUUCCUGUAGCUUUUGUGGCUCUUGUAAUGGAGUGUGUGACCACCCCUAAGUUCUCUCUAAUGCUUAAUGGCACAAUGCAUGGCUUUUUCAAGUCAAAAAGGGGUUUAAGACAAGGUGAUCCCAUGUCUCCCCUUCUGUUUGUGAUCUGCAUGGAGUACCUGUCCAGAAUUCUCUACAAAAUGAGUGAGUUGUCUCAAUUCCAGUUUCAUCCUAGAUGCAAAGAACUUAAGCUCACUCAUCUAUGUUUUGCUGAUGAUCUAAUCUUGUGUAGUAAAGGUGAGUUCCCCUCUGUGUAUCUUCUGCUUCAAGCCUUUAAGCUGUUCUCCAACUCUUCUGGUUUGUUAGCCAACAAGUAG